CAGUCAGCAGAUCAUAUAGGGGAUCCUUCUGCGUUAAUUUAUAGAGAGCAGUUGACAGAUAAGUCAGAGAUUGGGAAGUCAACAUCAAAUUUAAUUGAUAAUUCUGUACUAAACGAAUUGCAAACAACGAAAAAUAUAGAAAAUUCAGAGUCUUCAAAAAAAGCAGCAAAUUUAGAUUUAACAGAAUUAAUGAGACUUAUAACAUGA